AUGGGGGCGGGGCAUAUGUUUCCCUUAGGUUUCCAUGUUACAUGUACGGUGUCUCAUCAGGGACAAACGUCUCAUCAGGGACAAACGUCUCAUCAGGGACAAACGUCUCAUCAGGGACAAACGUCUCAACAGGGACAAACGUCUCAUCAGGGACAAACGUCUCAUCAGGGACAAACGUCUCAACAGGGACAAACGUCUCAACAGGGACAAACGUCUCAACAGGGACAAACGUCUCAUCAGGUACAAAGGUCUCAACAGGGACAAACGUCUCAACAGGGACAAACGUCUCAUCAGGGACAAACGUCUCAACAGGGACAAACGUCUCAUCAGGGACAAACGUCUCAUCAGGGACAAACGUCUCAACAGGGACAAACGUCUCAACAGGGACAAACGUCUCAUCAGGUACAAAGGUCUCAACAGGGACAAACGUCUCAUCAGGGACAAACGUCUCAACAGGGACAAACGUCUCAUCAGGGACAAACGUCUCAACAGGGACAAACGUCUCAUCAGGGACAAACGUCUCAUCAGGGACAAACGUCUCAUCAGGGACAAAUGUCUCAUCAGGGACAAACAUCUCAACAGGGACAAACGUCUCAUCAGGGACAAACGUCUCAGGGACAAAUGUCUCAACAGGGACAAACGUCUCAUCAGGGACAAAUGUCUCAUCAGGGACAAACAUCUCAACAGGGACAAACGUCUCAGGGACAAAUGUCUCAACAGGGACAAACGUCUCAUCAGGGACAAACGUCUCAACAGGGACAAACGUCUCAACAGGGACAAACGUCUCAUCAGGGACAAACGUCUCAACAGGGACAAACGUCUCAACAGGGACAAACGUCUCAUCAGGGACAAACGUCUCAUCAGGGACAAACGUCUCAUCAGGGACAAACGUCUCAACAGGGACAAACGUCUCAACAGGGACAAACGUCUCAGGGACAAAUGUCUCAACAGGGACAAACGUCUCAUCAGGGACAAACGUCUCAACAGGGACAAACGUCUCAACAGGGACAAACGUCUCAGGGACAAAUGUCUCAACAGGGACAAACGUCUCAUCAGGGACAAACGUCUCAACAGGGACAAACGUCUCAUCAGGGACAAACGUCUCAUCAGGGACAAACGUCUCAUCAGGGACAAACGUCCUCAAAUGCUGCAGAGCUGCUCCGCAUUGUCUCCUAG